GAAAGUUUUCAGUCCGUCUCGUCGGCAUUUUUGCUUAGAUUUGCUUCUUGUUUUCACAGUCAAUCGAUUGGUUUUAGAUCACAAUUUGAAAUAAUUUCAAUAACAGUUCGCCUACUCUUCCAAUGGGUCCUCCAAAAAAAUCCAAACGGGACUCAAAAGGCGGCUUUAGCGACAAAUUUGCCAAGAAACGUCGUGCAGAAGACGAGGCAUACACCCAACUAGUCGAGGAAAAUGAUAACGACAAUAAUGAGGCCGACGGUGUGCCUGGAGCGGCCGCGAAGAAUGUCGAGAAAAAUGACGAAACGAUCCAAGACGAUGAGUUCGGGGCCAAGGACUAUCGAUCGCAAAUGCAACUCAAGCCGGACCAUCAGAAUCGGCCGCUCUGGGUGGCCCCAAAUGGACACAUUUUCCUUGAAUCCUUUUCUCCGGUCUAUAAACACGCCCAUGACUUCCUAAUUGCAAUCUCCGAGCCCGUAUGUCGCCCGGAACACAUCCACGAGUACAAGCUGACCGCGUACAGUUUGUACGCUGCGGUGUCGGUCGGGCUACAGACGCACGACAUCAUUGAGUACCUGAAACGGUUGAGUAAGACCUCCAUUCCCGAGGGAAUCGUUCAGUUCAUACAAUUGUGCACGUUAUCGUACGGGAAAGUGAAACUUGUUCUAAAGCACAACAGGUAUUUCAUUGAAAGUCCGCAUCCUGAAGUGCUCCAGAAACUGCUCAAAGACCCGGUCAUCCAACAAUGUCGCCUGAAGCGGGAUGAAACCGACUUGGGCGACAACUUCAUAACGAAUGUCACCGACAAGAAAGCGGUUCCAUCUUUUGGGGCUAAAGCUGCAGGAGCUGCACCUGCUCCGGGAACGGAGGCAACAGACAAACCAGCUGAGGGUGCCACCACCACCGUCCCCGAUGAUAUUACAAACUUCUACGAUAAAAUCGAUAACGAAGAGGACGAGGAUGAGGCCAAUCUUAAAACUGUCUCCUUCGAGGUGAAUCAGGAGAAGAUUGAAGUUCUGCAAAAACGAUGCAUUGAAAUUGAACAUCCCCUCCUGGCGGAAUACGAUUUUCGUAAUGACACAAUCAAUCCAGAUAUCAAUAUCGAUCUGAAACCCGCCGCCGUGUUGCGUCCAUACCAGGAGAAAAGUCUAAGAAAAAUGUUUGGUAACGGUCGCGCCCGGUCGGGUGUUAUUGUAUUGCCUUGCGGUGCAGGAAAAUCCCUUGUUGGCGUCACGGCCUGUUGUACUGUCCGAAAACGGGCGCUCGUCCUCUGCAACAGUGGCGUGUCCGUUGAACAGUGGAAGCAACAAUUCAAAAUGUGGUCGACCGCCGACGACAGCAUGAUCUGUCGUUUCACUUCCGAAGCAAAAGACAAGCCAAUGGGCUGUGGAAUCCUCGUAACCACCUAUUCCAUGAUAACGCACACUCAAAAGCGUUCGUGGGAAGCAGAGCAAACCAUGCGAUGGCUGCAGGAGCAAGAAUGGGGCAUCAUGGUCCUCGAUGAGGUACACACGAUUCCGGCAAAAAUGUUCCGAAGAGUCUUGACCAUCGUCCAAAGUCACUGCAAAUUGGGUCUGACCGCUACAUUGCUUCGAGAGGAUGACAAAAUUGCCGAUUUGAAUUUUUUGAUUGGACCGAAAUUGUAUGAAGCCAACUGGUUGGAAUUGCAAAAGAAAGGAUUCAUUGCGCGAGUGCAGUGUGCCGAGGUUUGGUGUCCCAUGUCCCCUGAAUUCUACCGAGAAUAUCUCACGUGCAAAACGUCCAAGAAAAUGCUUCUGUACGUUAUGAAUCCAUCAAAGUUCCGAAGUUGCCAGUAUCUCAUUAAAUACCACGAGAGACGAGGCGAUAAAACCAUCGUUUUCAGUGACAACGUAUUCGCUUUGAAGCACUACGCCAUCAAAAUGAACAAACCUUUCAUCUACGGCCCGACCUCACAAAAUGAACGUAUCCAAAUCCUGCAGAAUUUCAAAUUCAACCCCAAAGUAAACACGAUCUUCGUGAGUAAGGUGGCUGAUACCAGUUUCGAUUUACCCGAGGCCAAUGUACUGAUUCAGAUUUCAUCUCAUGGCGGUUCACGUCGUCAGGAAGCUCAACGUUUGGGGCGUAUUCUUCGAGCCAAAAAGGGGGCAAUAGCCGAGGAGUAUAACGCCUUCUUUUAUACUCUCGUUUCUCAAGACACCAUGGAAAUGAACUACUCCCGAAAGCGUCAACGGUUCCUGGUGAACCAAGGCUACAGUUACAAAGUAAUUACCCACCUAGCCGGGAUGGAUCAGGAUUCAGACUUGUUUUACAAAAAUCGUGAGGAGCAGGGCCAGUUGCUACAACAAGUAUUGGCUGCAACUGAUAUGGAUUGUGAAGACGAACGGUUGCCGGGAGAGAUUGGUGCACCACGAGCUGGAAGCUCGAAGAAAGGUGGUCUGGGAUCGAUGUCCGGAGCUGAUGAUGCUGUGUAUUAUGAGUAUAAGAAGAAGAGUAAUAACGCGCAUGCGCAUCCACUGUUUAAAAAGUUCCGUUCAUAGUCUUCGGGUUAAGUUAUUGCCGUUUAUAUUAUUGUGAUUCUUUUUGAAAAAUAAAUA